GAAUUACAGAGCACUGAGCGCAGGAACAUGAACUAUUCUGCAGAGGAGCAAGAAAUCCUAAAAUUCAUCCUUGAGCAGUCAUCAUACAGUCUCUGUCCAGCAUGGGAGAAGCAGUCAUCUUUUUAUGCACCGCUGUGCUUAUCUCUGUUUUGCUAUAACUGCUGCUUUUGCACUUUUACUUCAAACAUCUUAAGGAGUGGUUGCAUUUCUACAAUGUAGUUUGUCUUCAUGGAGGACUUUGAUGUGGACAUGGAUGAGGAAGAGGAGGGAGAAGUACUCAUGAGAAAGGCCAAAGCAGGUCACUGGUGGGAGGACUGUGGAGAUGGCAACUGUGACAUACAGCUCCAGAGAGGAGGAAGAGGCUGCAUGGUCAACAGCCGCAGCUGGGCUGAGGAGCUCAAGGAUAUCUUUGCACCACAGGUUGAAGACUGUUACAGUGGAGGGCGAAGCAGACUCUCCAGCAUCUCUGCCCAGAGGAAUGAGAGAGAGUCCAUCAGGCAGAAACUUGCCCUUGGCAGUUUCUAUGACGACGAGCCAGUCAUCUACACCAGCUGCAGCAAGAAUGGCCCAUCCUCCCGGCUGCAGGGCGGUGUGAACCUGCAGGUGUGUUUCGUUAAUGACAGCAGCAGUGACAAAGACAGCGAUGCUGAGGACAGCAGGACAGAGACCAGUCUGGACACACCGCUGUCACCUGUGAGCAAGCAGAGCUCUUCGUUAUCAGACCGGGACACGGCGGAAGAGGACUCAGACCCGUUAGAUGACUGCAGCGGGUUCUGGCGGGUGCAGCGGCGACUGCAGGAGGAGGCCCGGGUGGCACUAGCUCUAGCUCGACCCAUGGCUCGCAUGCAGGUGGAGGUGGAGAGGCAGAUCCAACUGCACAGACGUUCACCUGUGGCUGACUUGCUUCCCCAUUUGCCUCACAUCAGCGAGGGUUUGAUGAAGAGGAAUUUGAGGCGAGGUGACAUGAGGGACAUGAGUCUCGGACAGCUGCAAGUCAUCACAAAUGACUUACACUCACAGAUUCAGAGUUUAAAUGAGGAGCUGGUGCAGUUGCUGCUGAUGAGGGAUGAGCUUCAUGUAGAGCAGGACGCUAUGUUGGUGGACAUAGAGGACCUCACCAGGCACGCCCACAGCCAUCAGCGGCACCAGGCAGACAAAGCUAUGUCUAAAUAAAACACCCUGUCUUCACGUGUGUCUGUCUGCACGCCACCCAACCCACCGCUUCAUGGACUGUCACCACUGUUACCAACGAAACUCCAUAUCUGUGCUGACCGUUUUCUGGAGAGAUCAAUGCAAGAUAUAGUAUAACACACACAUAAUGUGUCGCACCACAACACAGGAUGUUGUCAAAGGACAGGCGUGAUUGCUGUUUUCAGUAUGUGUGGGCUUUUCACUUCCACUCGGCAUGAUUAAUCAUAGUAUAUUUCACAGAAUUAGGGGAAUCCUCUUGACACUGAUUUACCUCUUCAUUAUUUUGCACAGUACACUCAUGUAUGUUAAAGCUGGGUCAGAGGGAGCCCCUAAGCAUCUUUUUUUCUCACUUAUCUCAAAGAGGAUGAUGAUUUUCAGGGGCCACACCUAACUGAAAUGAAGAUCAAUUAACAUCGUCUUUUGUUUGUCUCUAUAAUGAUCAAGAAGAUUUGUCCGUUCUUCUGUAGAUAUGCAGUAUUUACCAAUUUCAUUACUUUCUUUUCACUUAGAGCACUGUGUCAACACUGUUUAACACUGAAUUUCACUAUAAUAACGUCUACUGUCUGAGCAACAGAAAAUAACACUCUGCAUCUGUGCUCAUGUAAAGCUUAGCUUCACAGAGGUCUUGAUCACUUAGGCACAAAAUUUGAUGUAACAGUUUCCACCUGCUUUAAAUAUGUAUUAAGAGCUAAUUUGGACCACAUUUUGAAUUUUAUUUAGACAAAUUUAUAUUCGUCAAAUGUGGUGAUACUUGAAACAUUAGACAAAAUGACAAGAUGUGAGUUCAAAAAUUAUUUUGGGUUAAUAUAUAUAGAUAGAGGAGGCAAAAGGGGAGGCAUGUUGACAUGAAGAGCCUCUUAAUAAAAAUAUGCAAUGUGAUUUUUGUCAUGCUCAAUUUACCAAUGCUGAAAGUUUAACAUUAAAAAAACAAUAUAUUAAUAAAUCACAGUCUAAGUAUAUAUCUAUUUUAUCUGUUGAAAAGGUUUAUGGACAUACUGUAUGUAAAUGUUACAAGAUACUUUAUUAUAAGGAUGAGGAUCAUGCCUUGUUAUCUGGCUGUGUUUAGGUGUUUUCACUCUCAGCUUUUUAAGAAUGUCAAUUAACACAAAGUUAAACUUUCUUUUUCUAUUGUUUGCUCUGUUGAUUAAUGUACUGUAUAAUGAUUGUAAAAAAAAAAAAAAAAAAAAGGCCAAUAAUAAAUGUUUCAAUGGUGUGAA